UCGAUGAAAUUAUGACCCGAGUUGUCUGUUAAAAUCUUUUUCGUAGCAUUGCUCUCUAAUCCACCCUCGGUUAUAAAAACCCCCGCUCCCCCACCAAACCAAGCCCCUCCUUUCAAUCCACACCAACAUCCGCAUAUUCCAUUUCAUUUCGCCAUAGUUAUUUCAGUUUUUCUUCUUUGUUAUCCACAGUUCCAUAAAUAAGGAUUGGACUCCGAUUAUGGAGAUUCCAGAGCUGAACAUGAUCACCGAUUUCGAAGUGCUGCAAAACCCACCUCUGUUUUCUCGUGUCUUUCCCCUUUCCGGCGUCUUUUCCCUUUCCGGCACAGGAGAGUUUCUUAAAUUGUACAGCUUCUGGCAAUGGGGCGCUUUGAUCCUCGCACUAGUCGCUACUUUCACCGCCUUAAUCACCACAAUUCGAUUAUCAUUUGUACGAUUCGUUAAGUCCUUAGACUCCUCCGUACCUCCAAUCGAACAGUUCCUCGACGAUUCCGACUCCGACCCCGACUCCGUCGAUUCCCCCUCCACGGCCUCCUCGGACGACGAAGGGUACAGCCGCUCGACGUCGUUUUGCUGGUCUGACAAACAAUUCGACGAAGACUUCUCCGUCGCCGGUUCUAGUCCGAGGCUCCGGCGCCUGCGUAGCUGCGUCAACGGGUUUUCGUGGUCGGACUUCGCCAAGGGGAAGAACGUCGUGAAGCUGUGGGACAGCCUGGGAUGGGAGUUCGAUUUCGAAGAUGACUCCUCCGAAAGCGUGGUUUCGAUUUGGGAUUCCUCCACGUCAUCUCCGGCGGUUGUUUUCUCAGCCGGAACGAGCAGUGUUAAUAAUAAUGAUGUUUUGUUUUCGGCGUACGACGCGAGGAUCGGAGGCGACAAGCCGGCGAUGUGCGCGGAGUGGCCGCGGCGGCGGGGGAAGGCGGUUGACGUGGGUUUCGAGGGCGGCGUCGAGAAGGUCUACGUGAGGGAUGACGCCACGGGUGAGGUGACGGUGGGUGACCUAAGGAAAAUUCGGUCGCCGUUAGAGGACGCGACGGAAUCUGACGGGGAUACCUGGUGGGAUGCUGACGCCGUUAUUGGGUCGGACGAGUUCGUUGACUAUUGAAACGGAAUGCGACUCGGUCUUGACACGUCGGUGUGACCCGGCGAGGUGGAUCUGGUUUGGAAAGGUCAAAAGACUCAAAACGAUCGAGGUUCUGUGGAGGGGUAAAAUAGUAAAUAAAGGUGGUGUUGAUCUAGAGGCUCGGGCUGUAAAGCUGUAAAUACUUCUUUUUUCUUUCCCUACCUAAUUUACAUGGUAUUAGAAAAGGUUUGUAGAAAUUAUUAAUGGGAAAAUGUGAUUUUCUCA